CGUCAUCCUCCUGCGACUCCUCAUGUGGUCCCUUCAGAGGCUCUGAACCGCCUCCUCCUCCUCCUCAGCCAUGAGUGAGAGUGAUGAAGAUGGCCCCCCCGCCCUGUCAGCUGACUCUCUGGCUGCCCUGCAGGAGUUUUACAAUGAGUCCAGAACGGAUUGUAUCAAGUGUCUGUCAGAGCAGUUCAGUGUGGGGGAGGUGGAGGAGGACUGGCGGAUGAGUCAGUUCUGGUACACUGAAGAAACAGCCACUCGAUUAGCUGAGGAAGUCGUACGAGAAGCAGGAGAGGGAGGCAGGGUCGUGUGUGUGAGCGCGCCCAGUGUGUACCAGAAGCUGAAGCAGGGCGUGGUGGACGGCUCGGACCGGGUGUCCGCCGUCGUGUUGGAGUACGACCGCCGCUUCGCCACCUACGGAGACGACUUCAUCUUCUACGACUACAAGCAGCCGCUGUCUCUGCCGGCCAGCGUGGCUCCUCAGAGCUUCGACCUGGUCCUGGCCGACCCCCCCUACCUGUCCGAGGAGUGUCUGAGCAAAGUGGCCCAAACCAUCAAGUACCUGAGUAAAGGCAAAGUGCUGCUCUGCACAGGAGCCAUGAUGGAGAAUCUGGCCAAAGAGCUUCUGGGUGUAACAAAGUGCAGCUUCCUGCCGCAGCACAACAGGAACUUGUCCAAUGAGUUCCGCUGCUUCGUCAACUAUCCGUCUGUCCUGCUGAGGAGCUGAAGCUCCAGCUGAUCAGGAAUCUGAGUGUUGGCUGCUGCUUCCUGAGCACCUCACACAGACACUUUACAGCUGUGGUUUAAACUCAAAGUUAUAACUUUGAUACGUGAGGAAAAAACAUGUCUUGCUUCAAAAUGUCAAAAAGUCCACUGACUUACAUUGAAAUGACUGGACAUUAGUUUAGGUUCAUAAUGUCCUGUAUGGUUAACUUAUUUCGAGGUUUUGCUGCUUUUAUCUGUUUUAUGUCGUUUUACAUUAAAUAUAUUUCAGUCGCUGUUUCAACAAAACCAGCAAAUUGAAGAUAUCAACUUGGACUCUGAAAACUAAUUUAUUUUAAUGUUAUUUUAUGAAUAAAUAAAAAGAUAAAUAAUCAUGUGUGGAAAAAAAGCUGUAAAAUAACUUAGAAAAUUGAAGCAGUUCUUGUUUCCUGAAAAUACAAAUGAGAAACAAAGGAGUAUUAAAUGUUUGUGUAGCUUUGACUCUCUUCUCUCUGCAAACGACACCAACAACUGCUCAACUUUAAACCAAAGUACUGCAAAUAUGAUGUUAUUCAACAUGUAAUGAAACUUUAAGUGGUUUCCCACUAGUUUUUAUGUAUUAUGUUUACAACAUAAGUGAUUCAAACAGUAAGAGUUUUUUGAUUAUAUAAUUGUGUUUUUGU